UAUUUGGUAGCAGAAGCAGGGUGGUGUGAGUUUACAGUUACACAGUGAGGCAUAGAGAAACAAUUGUAAGCGGCGGAGUAGUCGAAGCCAAGUCUCCCUCGCCCUCUCCGCCCCACCUCCAUUUAUAUCAUCACAUUUUCACAAACACCUAAUGCGCAUUCCGCCAUGGCUUCGCUCCGAAUCUCCUUCUCCUCCUCCCUCUCCUCCACCGCCCCGCUCCUCCGCCCCUCCGCAUUCUCCCUCACCCCUCCAUCCACCCGCAUCCCCCUCGUCCGCGCCAAAAUUCGAGAGAUUUUCAUGCCCGCUCUCAGCUCUACCAUGACUGAGGGCAAGAUCGUCAGCUGGAUCAAAUCCGAGGGUGACGCCUUGUCCAAAGGCGAAUCCGUCGUCGUCGUCGAAUCCGACAAAGCCGACAUGGACGUCGAGACCUUCUACGACGGGAUAUUAGCAGCCAUCGUCGUUAACGAGGGCGAGAUGGCUCCAGUCGGCUCCGCGAUCGGGAUUUUAGCCGAGACCGAGGAUGAAGUUGCUGAAGCCAAGGCGAAGGCGAAGGCUGCGGCGCAGUCGCCGUCCUCCCCCGCCACAUCCGAGCCAGAAGCGGAGGAGUCCGCUCCAAUUCCAGCUCCAGCUCCUGCUCCGGUUGCGCCGGGGAAGGUGGCGGCAACGCCGUAUGCUAAGAAAUUGGCGAAGCAGCAUAAGGUGGAUAUUAGCAAAUUGGGGGGAACAGGUCCGUUUGGGAGGGUAACGCCGGAGGAUGUGGAGAAGGCUGCUGGAAUCACGCCGGCGCCGAAGGCUAGUGUUGUGCCUGCAACCGCCGCUCCAGCGAAGGCUGCAUCCAGUUUCGCCGAGAUUCCAGGAUCGAAUGUGGUUUCGUUCACUACAAUGCAGGCCGCUGUGUCGAAGAAUAUGGUGGAGAGUCUGAGCGUGCCGACUUUCAGAGUUGGGUACCCGAUCGUUACGGAUGCGCUCGAUGCCCUCUAUGAGAAGGUGAAGCCCAAGGGCGUGACCAUGACCGCGUUGUUGGCAAAAGCUGCAGCAAUGGCAUUGGUUCAGCAUCCUGUGGUGAAUGCUAGUUGUAAAGACGGAAAAAGUUUCACUUACAAUAGUAAUAUAAAUAUAGCUGUGGCUGUGGCUAUCAAUGGUGGACUGAUCACCCCUGUGCUUCAGGAAGCGGAUAAGUUGGAUCUGUACCUGUUGUCUCAAAAAUGGAAGGAGCUAGUCGAGAAGGCUCGAACUAAGCAACUUCAGCCACAGGAGUACAACUCAGGAACCUUCACAUUAUCGAAUUUGGGCAUGUUUGGAGUAGAUAGAUUUGAUGCCAUCCUUCCUCCGGGCCAGGGGGCUAUUAUGGCUGUGGGAGCCUCAAAGCCUACUGUUGUAGCUGGAAAAGAUGGAUUCUUCAAUGUCAAAAACAAGAUGCUGGUUAAUGUGACAGCUGACCACCGCAUAGUAUAUGGUGCUGACUUGGCUGCAUUCCUUCAAACAUUCGCAAAGAUAAUCGAGAACCCAGAGUGCCUCACCAUGUAGAUGGGAAUUUAGGAUUUCUUGGGCAAGUUUUGAAAUUUGGAUUUUCUUUAGUCAUGCGUUUUGCGUUGAUAGGAGGAUAAUAAGUUUUUUCUCUAGCUUCCUGGUUUGAAUAUUUAGUUGGUAAACACAUGUUAUUUUGAUAUUUCCCUCUCAUAGUCAAGAGCCUGGAAAUUCUGAUUUAUGUAUUAUCAUUGAGUUUCAAAGUGAUCGCUACAGAAAAUAAAGUUACAUUUGGUAGGA